GGCCUUCCCACCGCAUUUCAGACGGAGGGCAGUGGAGCCCUGCCUGGGGCCUGGGAGGCCCUAUCCCACUGUGGUUGGAUGUGUUGCUACCUCUCUUGCACCCUGCAGGUCUCAGGGAUGGGAGGGGCUUAUUUGGAGGUGAAAGACUCCGACCCACAGAGUCAGUGAGUCCAGGCGCAGCCCCUCGGGAAGGCUGGAAGGGAACACCCAAGGCUGGUAGUGUCCCUCCACUGUCCCUGUACCUGCUGCCAGCUCCGGAGGACCCCAUCAGGGUCCCCAGAUGUACAACAUUCUGACUUCCAUUUUGGGAGUAAGCAAAAAGGACAGGUUUUCUCGGAGGAGGGCAGUUUCAGUUAAGCAGAGGGAGAAGCCCCAGGGCUGGCCACUGAAUAAAAAGAGAACUUUGUUGACAGACGGUAACCUCCCAACACAGAGGGGAGUCACAGGCUGCACCUAGCCACACUCCCUGCUGUCAGCCCUGGAUAAAGGUGGGCUAUGAGUGUGAAGGACUGCGGAGGUGGGAGGGAAGAGGUUGGUAAGGUUUAGGGAGUAAGCAAGAAGGCUUGCAGCGCAUCCGAGAAAUGGGAAGGAAGACGUGAAAAACAGGAGGAGGGGUGGGGGAUGAAAACGAGGCUGAGAAGGGGUGGGGCUGUUCCUCCGCAGAGAGGAGGCCACACCCCACGCUGCCCCUGCCGUCAAGCCUGGUCAACCCCCGCAGGGUUCCCGGAUGUGCUUUCCCAACCUCCAUCUUCUAAGUCUUGGAAGGCAUUUUGUGAGGAGGCGCGAUCUAGGUCAGCCGAGGGAAGUCUUAGAUCCAACCAGUUCUCAAGAAAAGACAGGCGUGCCACCCCGAGGGCCUAGGAGUCUUCUGGCGACAGAGGAGGCUGAACCGGGGCUGCAGUCAGGGAGGCGGCACUGGGCUUCCUGGGGUGCCCGUCACAGGCAGGGCCUAUUCACGACGGAGGAAGGGCCAAGGGUGGCCUGCAGCCCUCCCCUGGGACCAGACGUCUACAGGGGCACCCCUGAAAUCCGGCAGUGCUGGUUCAGAAAAGGCAGGCGCACCACACCGAGGGCCUAGGAGUCUUCUGGCAACAGAGGAGGCUGAACCGGGGCUGCAGCCAGGGAGGCGGCACUGGGCUUCCUGGGGAGCCCGUCACAGGCAGGGCCUCUUCAGGAGGCAGGAAGGGCCAAGGUUGGCCUGCAGCCCUCCGCCAGGACCAGACGUCUGCAGGGGCUCCCCUGAAAGCCGGCAGUGCUGGUUCAGGGGGUCCAGGAACCAGGAGUUGAAGACCAGGGUCUGAGUUCCACUUCUAAACUCAGCACAGCAGAGGAGGCCCAGGCAAAGCUAGGAGUCAAGGUUCCCACAGAGCAAACGCCCUAGGAAGACAGGCGAUCUGUGAGGCCUAGAGUACCAUCUUAAGAGAAGGAGACUUGUAAGGCAGCCUUGUCAGAGCCAUCAUGGACAAGGAGAUGCCUGCUGCUGGGAUGCCGAGUCUUCUCCAGAGUUCUCCUGAGAAUCCUCAAAGUCCACCCGAGGGGCCUGACCAGUCUCCUCUCCAGAGUCCUGUGAGCUCCUUCAUCUCCUCCACUUCAUUGAGUCUUCAGAGUCCUCCUGAGAGUCCUCAGAGUCCACCUGAGGGGCCUGUACAGUCUCCUCUCCUGAGUCCUGUGAGCUCGGCCUCCACUUCACUGAGUCUUCCCCUGAGUUCCCCUGAGUAUCCCCAGAGUCCUCCUGAGGGGCCGGCCCAGUAUCCUCUGCAGAGUCCUGUGAGCACCGUCAUCUCCUCCACUUCAUUGAGUCCUCAGAGUACUCCUGAGAGUCCUCAGAGUCCACCUGAGGGGCCUGUAGAGUCUCUUCUCCUGAGUCCUGUGAGCUCCUCCUCCACUUCACUGAGUCUUCCCCUGAGUUCCCCUGAGUAUCCCCCGAGUCCUCCUGAGGGGCCUGCCCAGUCUCCUCUCCAGAGUCCUGUGAGCACCUUCAUCUCCUCCACUUCAUUGAGUCCUCAGAGUACUCCUGAGAGUCCUCAGAGUCCACCUGAGGGGCCUGUACAGUCUCCUCUCCUGAGUCCUGUGAGCUCCUCCUCCACUUCACUGAGUCUUCCUCUGAGUUCCCCUGAGUAUCCCCAGAGUCCUCCUGAGGGGCCUGCCCAGUAUCCUCUGCAGAGUCCUGUGAGCACCUUCAUCUCCUCCACUUCACUGAGUCCUCAGAGUACUCCUGAGAGUCCUCAGAGUCCACCUGAGGGGCCUGAACAGUCUCCUCUCCUGAGUCCUGUGAGCUCCUCCUCCACUUCACUGAGUCUUCCCCUGAGUUCCCCUGAGUAUCCCCAGAGUCCCCCUGAGGGGCCUGCCCAGUCUCCUCUCCAGAGUCCUGUGAGCACCUUUAUCUCCUCCACUUCAUUGAGUACUCAGAGUACUCCUGAGAGUCCUCAGAGUCCACCUGAGGGGCCUGUACAGUCUCCUCUCCUGAGUCCUGUGAGCUCCUCCUCCACUUCACUGAGUCUUCCCCUGAGUUCCCCGGAGUAUCCCCAGAGUCCUCCUGAGGGGCCUGCCCAGUAUCCUCUGCAGAGUCCUAUGAGCACCUGCAUCUCCUCCACUUCAUUGAGUCCUCAGAGUACUCCUGAGAGUCCUCAGAGUCCACCUGAGGGGCCUGUACAGUCUCCUCUCCUGAGUCCUGUGAGCUCCUCCUCCACUUCACUGAGUCUUCCACUGAGUUCCCCUGAGUAUCCCCAGAGUCCUCCUGAGGGGCCUGCCCAGUAUCCUCUGCAGAGUCCUGUGAGCACAUUCAUCUCCUCCACUUCACUGAGUCCUCAGAGUACUCCUGAGAGUCCUCAGAGUCCACCUGAGGGUCCUGAACAGUCUCCUCUCCUGAGUCCUGUGAGCUCCUCCUCCACUUCACUGAGUCUUCCCCUGAGUUCCCCUGAGUAUCCCCAGAGUCCUCCUGAGGGGCCUACCCAGUCUCCUCUCCAGAGUCCUGUGAGCACCUUCAUCUCCUCCACUUCAUUGAGUCCUCAGAGUCCUCCUGAGAGUCCUCAGAGUCCACCUGAGGGGCCUGUACAGUCUCCUCUCCUGAGUCCUGUGAGCUCCUCCUCCACUUCACUGAGUCUUCCCCUGAGUUCCCCUGAGUAUCCCCAGAGUCCUCCUGAGGGGCCUGCCCAGUCUCCUCUCCAGAGUGCUCUGAGCGCCUUCGUUGCUUCCACUUCGUUGAAUCUUUCCCAGCGUUUCCCUGAGAGUCCUCAGAGUCCUUCUGAGGGGCCUGCCCAGCCUGCUUUCCAAAGUUCUGUGUGGUCCUUCUCCUCCACUUCACUGAGUCUUCUCCAGAGCUUCCCUGAGAGUCCUCAGAGUCCUCCUGAGGGGCCUGCCCAGCCUAUUUUCCAGAGAUUUGUGUGCUCCUCCUCCUCCAGUUCAUUGUGUCUUCUCCAGAGUUCUCCCAAGAGCCCUCAGAGUCCUCCUGAGGGGCCUGCACAGUCUCCUCUCCUGAGUCCUGUGAGCUGCUCCUCCACUUCACUGAGUCUUCCCCACAGUUUCCCUGAGAGUCCUCGGAUUCCUCCUGAGGGGCUGUCCCAAUCUCCUCUCCAGAGUCCUGUGAGCUCAUUCUCCUCCUCCUCCCGCUCCUCCCCCUCCUCCCGCUCCACCCCCUCCUCCUCCUCUUCCUCCUCCUCCCCCUCUUCCUCCUCCUUCCCCUCUUCCUUCUCCCCCUCCUCUUCCUCCUCCUCUCCGUCCUCCUCCUCCUCUUCCCCCUCCCCCUCCUCCUCCUUUUCCUUCUCUUCCUCCUCCUCCUCCUCCUCCUCCAGUUCAUUGAGAUUUCUCCAGAGUUCUUCUGAGAGUCCUCAGAGUCCUCCUGAGGGGCCUGCGCAGUCUCCUCUCUUGAGUCCUGUGAGCUCCUCCUCCACUUCACUAUGUCUUCCAAGUUCCCCUGAGAGUCCUCAGUGUCCUCCUGAGUGGCCUGCGCAGUCUCCUCUCCUGAGUUUUGUGAGCUCCUUCUCGUCAAUUUCACUGCGUCUUUCCCUGAGUUCCCCUGAGAGUCCUCCUGAGGGGCCUGCCGAGUUUGCUCUCCCAAGUUUGGAGUGCUCCUUCUCCUCCACUUCACUGAAUCUUCUCCAGAAUUUCCCUGAGAGCCCUUCCGAGGGGCCUGCCCAGUCUCCUCCCCGGAGUCCUAUGAGCUCCUUCUCCUCCCUCUCUUCCAGUCCACUGUGUCUUCUCCAGAGUUCCCUUGAGAGUCCUCAGAAUCCUUCUGAGGGGCCAGCCCAGUCUGCUCUCCAGAGUUUUGUCCGCUCCGUCUUCUCUGACUGUUUGAGUCUUCUCGAGAGUUCUCCUGAGUGUCCCCAGAGUCCUCCUGAGGGCCCUUCCCAGUCUGCCCUCCAGGGUCCUGUGAGCUCCUCCUUCAGUCCAUUGAGUUUUCCCCCGAGUUCCCCUGAGUGUCCCCAGAGUCCUCCUGAGGGCCCUUCCCAGUCUGCCCUCCAGGGUCCUGUGAGCUCCUUCUUUGGUCCAUUGAGUUUUCCCCCGAGUUCCCCUGAGUGUCCCCAGAGUCCUCCUGAGGGCCCUUCUCAGUCUGCUCUCCAGGGUCCUGUGACCUCCUUCUCCUUCAGUCCAUUGAGUUUCCCCCCGAGUUUCCCUGUGUGUCCCCAGAGUCCUGAGGGCCCUUUCCAGUCUGCCCUCCAGGGUCCUGUGACCUCCUUCUCCUUCAGUCCAUUGAGUUUUCCCCCGAGUUCCCCUGUGUGUCCCCAGAGUCCUGAGGGCCCUUUCCAGUCUGCCCUCCAGGGUCCUGUGACCUCCUCCUCCUUCAGUCCAUUGAGUUUUCCCCCGAGUUCCCCUGUGUUUCCCCAGAGUCCUAAGUGCUCUUCGAGGUCUGCCCUCCAGAGUCCUGUGACCCCCUUCUCCUUUGGUCCAUUGAGUCUAACCCCGAGUUCCCCUGAGUGUUCUCAGAGUCCUUCCGAGGGGCCUGCCCAGUCUCCUCCCCAGAGUCCUGUAAGCUCCUUCUCCCUCUCUUCCAGUCCAUUGUGUGUUCUCCAGAGUUCCCCUGAGAGGCCUCAGAAUCCUUCUGAGGGGCCUGCCCAGUCUGCUCUCCAGAGUUUUGUGCGCUCCUUCUUCUCUGACUGUUUGAGUCUUCUCGAGAGUUCCCCUGAGUGUCCCCAGAGUCCUCCUGAGGACCCUUCCCAGUCUUCUCUUCAGGGUCCUGUGAGCUCCUUCUCCUUCAGUCCGUUUAGUCUUACCCCGGGUUCCCCUGUGUGUCCCCAGAGUCCUGCUGAGGGACCUUCCCAGUCUGCCCCCCAGGGUCCCGUGAGCACCUUCUCCUCAUGUCCAUUCCGUCUUCCCCUGAGUUCCCCUGAGUGUCCCCAGAGUCCUCCUGAGGGGCCUUCCCAGUCUGCUCUCCAGGGUCCUGUGGGCUCUUUCUACUCCUCCACUUUAUGGAACCCAUCCAGUGAAGAGUCCAGCAGCCCAGCAGAUGAAGAUACAAGAACCUCAGACACCUUACUAGACAGUGAGUCCUUGACAGAUAAUGAGUCCCUGACAGCCACUGAGCCCUUGGUUGCUCAUACACUGGAUGAAAAGGUGGAUGAGUUGGUGCGGUUUCUUCUUCUCAAAUAUCAAGCGAAGGAGCCUGUCACAAAGGCAGAGAUGCUGACGAUUUUCGUCAACAGGUACAGGGGCUACUUUCCUAUGAUCUUCAGGAAAGCCCGUGAGUUCAUAGAGAUUCUUUUUGGCAUUGCCCUGACAGAAGUGGGCCCCGACCACUCCUAUGUCUUUGUAAAUACAUUAGACUUCACCUGUGAAGGGAGUCUGAGUGAUGAGCAAGGCAUGCCCCAGAACCGCCUCCUGACACUUAUUCUGAGUAUAAUCUUCAUAAAAGGCUCCUGUGCCUCUGAGGAGGUCAUCUGGCAUGUGCUGAAUGGAAUAGGGGUAUGUGCUGGGAGGGAGCACUUCAUCUUUGGGGAGCCCAGGGAGCUCCUCACUAAAGUUUGGGUACAGGAACAUUACCUGGAGUACCGGGAGGUGCCCAACACUUCUCCUCCACGUUAUGAAUUUCUUUGGGGUCCCAGAGCCCAUUCAGAAAUCAGCAAGAGAAAAGUAGUAGAGUUUUUGGCCAUGCUAAACAAUACCGUCCCUCGUUCCUUUUCACCCUCAUACAAGGAUGCUUUGAAACAUCUAGAAGAGAGAGCCCAGGCCACAAUUGACACCACAGAUGACUCCACUGUCACAGACGGUGCAAGCUCCGAUGUUUCCCAGCCCGUCUUCCCCUGAGCAAAGUCUAAGGCAGAAUCUUCCUUUUGAGUGUGAACAGGGCAGGCGAGUUUCUAUGCCAUGGAGGGCCCGGGGGAAGCUGGCGAGAACACAGUGUUUGCGUUUCUGUUCCAUAUGGUAGUUAAGGGAUUUACCUAUUUUACUUUGGGGUAUUUUUCAAUGCUCUUCCUUUUAAUAACAGGUUUAAAUAGCUUCAGAAACUUAGUUUAUGGAGUUUAUGAAUAUUAGUCACACAUGUGCUGCUGUUUAACUGGUUGAGGGGUAACGGUUUGAUAGUUUGUAAAACACACACACACACACACACACACGAUUGGGAAAACCUGCCUUAUCUGUGGUCUGUCACACUUUAAUAUGGUAUUACUGUAGCAAUUUUCUUUAAACUGUAAAAGAACUCGAAUUGAAUAGUGGAACAAAACAAAGGAUUGUUAAUAUUUGCAUUUCCUCAUACCCUUUAGUCUGCUGUUCUUGAAAAUUAAAGAUACGUACCUGGUUUUCUUGGCUUGUUUAAUAAAGUAGCAGAGAUUAAAUGAUAAUAAAUAAAAAUAUCACGGACUCCUUUAUUUGACGAACAUUAUAUCAGCAUUUGCUCAUGGAAGUUACGUUUAGUAGUGAAGUUACUAUUAAAAGCAAGACUUACACCUACUCAUAAAACGGUAGAGUAUAGGUACAGAAGCCAUAUCGGAAACUUGGUAAGAUUUUUCUCUUCAAUCUAAAGAGUAAGUUUAAAAAGGAGUGGGGCGGUGAGACUCCAGUUGGAGCCUUCAAACAAAAAGGCCCUGAGCUAAGGCAGUUUUGGGCUUCGGGAAACUGCACUUGCUUCUGUGGGAGCUGAUUUUUAUGAAGCUGGGUGGUGGCGGGGCCCAGACUCUCAGAAGGUGAGAGAAAAGCCUGGAAUGGAAAGCUACUUGAGCAGUUCCCUCUGGGUGAAGGAUGAGGCAGAGAGGAGUCUCCACAUGGGGAAGUAAUGGGAGGUGUCCUGCAGCUCUUGUGCACUUGAACACAGUACUUUUGUCCAGCCCCAGGACUUUCCCACGUUAUAGCACUGUCCUUUCGAUCUCCCGUGUGCUCUCGUGCAACUAUGGAACCUGGCCUGCUGACUAACUUGUCACCGUGUUUCCCACUCUGAAGGCUGUACCCAGCUCUCAGUGCCAGACGCCAUUGACAUCUACCCUUCCCCUAACAUAGACCACUCUCUGUCUCUGCAGAAGUUCCCUGACUGAUCCAUCCCUCUCCCUGGCUCCUCUGUGAUAACAGACUUUGAUGUGAAUAUACACUUUGAAUAGUGACAUUUCCAUACAUAUGCUGGGCAUCUUCACCACAUUCUCAACAUAUUUCCAAAUAGACUGCAGAGUAAAAUCUAAUU